AUGCAGCAUAUAGAUGAUGCUUUAUGGGGCAUGAGAAAAAGGUCACAAAAGUAUCAUGACCUCUUUGAUCAGAAUGUCGCCAUUCUUGAUGAAUUAUUUUCUCAGUGGCUUUGCGGACAUUGGGAGAAGUUCAAUUUAGGUAAAAAUUACAAGGACUUUGUAUUUGAUGAUGUUUUUAUUAAGUAUGUUAAUGGUGAGAAACCACUUAGAGGAAAGGCUUGGGAGAAUGUUCACACACUUUACGCACCACUAAAUAUCGAAGGCAAACAUUGGGUAUCUUUGGCAGUCAAGUUGGAGAAGUGGGAGAUUGUAGUGUUUGAUAGUAAUAUAAACCUCACACCUGAGCGAAAAUUUAUCAAACACUUGGAGCCUUUUCGGUGCAUGCUACCGUACUUGCUUCGUCAAAGUGGUAAGUUUAUGGGUCGUCUUCACAAAAUUCCUGAGCCAUUUACAUGUCGAAGGUUGUGUGACAUUCCUCAAGACCAAUCCAGCGGAGAUUGUGGAAUAUUUGCCAUCAAGCAUAUCGAGUUCGACAUGUGCGGGCUAAACAUGAAUUAUGUUCACGAUGACAAUAUUGUCUUCUUUCGGAAAAAAAUGUCAUGUGAAAUCUACAAUAGAGAUUGGGAUCCAUAGUAAAGGAAAAUCUGGAAUUGUAUUUUGUUUAUGUAUCAAACUCUUAUAGUAUGACUUGUAUUGGAUAUUUAUUAGCAAAGGCAAUGGAAUUGUAUUUUGUUUAUGUAUAAAACAGUUCUGGUAUACCACAAAUUG